AUGGAUCUAGAUUUACAAGUUGACCCAAACCUACAUUCCCUAAUUACUUCAACUACUCACAAAUGGAUUUUUGUUGGUGGUAAAGGUGGUGUCGGUAAGACUACAUCUUCCUCCUCUAUUGCUAUCCAAAUGGCUUUGAACCAACCAGAGAAGCAAUUUCUGUUGAUCUCUACCGAUCCAGCUCAUAAUUUAAGUGAUGCCUUUGGUGAAAAAUUUGGUAAAGAUGCAAGAAAAGUUACAGGUAUGAACAAUUUGUCCUGUAUGGAAAUUGACCCCGCUGCUGCAUUAAAAGAUAUGAAUGAUAUGGCUGUCUCUCAAGGCCAAGGUGCCGACCAAGGUGGAAUAAACGAUUUGUUGCAAGGUGGUGCUCUAGCAGAUUUAACAGGUUCCAUUCCAGGUAUCGAUGAAGCUUUAUCCUUUAUGGAAGUCAUGAAACAUAUUAAAAAUCAAGAACAAGGUGAAGGUGAAACAUUUGAUACAGUUAUCUUUGAUACAGCUCCAACUGGUCAUACUUUAAGAUUUUUACAAUUACCAACUACUUUAUCUAAAUUAUUAGAUAAAUUCGGUGAAAUUACUGGUAAAUUGGGACCAAUGUUAAACUCCUUCAUGGGUAGUGGUAAUGUCGAUAUUAGUGGUAAAUUAAAUGAAUUGAAGGCUAAUGUUGAGACCAUUAGACAACAAUUCACCGAUCCAGAUUUGACUACUUUUGUUUGUGUCUGUAUCAGUGAGUUUUUGUCCUUAUAUGAAACUGAGAGAUUGAUCCAAGAAUUAAUUUCUUAUGAUAUGGAUGUCAACUCUAUCAUUGUCAACCAAUUGUUGUUUGCAGAUGACGACAAAGAGCACAACUGUAAGAGAUGUCAAGCCAGAUGGAAGAUGCAAAAAAAAUAUUUGGAUCAAAUUGGAGAACUUUAUGAAGACUUCCAUGUGGUUAAGAUGCCUCUUUGUGCGGGUGAAAUCAGAGGUCUAACUAACUUAAAGAAAUUCUCACAUUUCUUAGAUCAAGAAUAUAACCCAGCUACUGAUGGUUCAGUAAUUUACGAGUUGGAAGAUAAAAAUUAA